UGCUCUCUUCCCAUACUGGCUAAUAUACACAUGCAUGCUGUUAUAUGCUGAGGUCAGUAUACAGAAGAGGAUGGGACAGAGAGAGAGAGAAGGCACAAAAGCCUGAGAGAGAGGGAGGGAAGCAUAGAAAGUAGAAAAAGGAGGGAAUAAUGUCAGCAGCUCCAGUCCCUGAAGUACAGGCUCCGGUGCAGUAGCUCCGAGAGAAGUGGCAGCUCAUGCUGGAUCACAUAUCAUUUUGGGUUUUUUUUUUUAAAGUACUUUCAAUGUUCACUAGUUAACAGAAGUGGAUCUCGACAAAAGUAGGGAUUUUUAAAUCAAGUAGGAUCAGUACUGUAUUUUCGAAGGCACUUUUAUAUGACCUCGGUUGCUCCGGGUAUAUAUGAAGAUUGCAAGAUGAAAGAUCUUCAGGGGUUGCUUUCUGGAAGGGACCAUGCAGCCUAGAUAGCAGACUUGACUUGUUUGGCCCAUCCAGCGCGGAGAGGAUGCCUCCCCGGAAGCGCACGCGGCCCGGCCUGGGCCUUCUGUGCUGCUUCGGCAGCAGCGAGCCCCCCGAGAUUAACCUAAAGGACAGUGUUCCCCUGCAGCUACUCGAGUUCAGCGCCCCCAUGCCCCCGGAGGAGGAACUGAAUGCCCGCUUUUCUGAACUGGUGGAUGAACUGGAUCUCACCGACAAGAACAGAGAGGCCAUGUUUGCUCUGCCUGCUGAGAAGAAAUGGCAGAUCUACUGCAGCAAGAAGAAGGAGCAAGAGGAUCCCAACAAGCUCGCUACCAGCUGGCCCGACUACUACAUCGACCGCAUCAACUCCAUGGCUGCUAUGCAGACCCUUUUUGCAUUUGACGAGGAGGAGAUGGAGAUGAGGAAUAAAGUGGUUGAAGAUCUGAAAACAGCACUUCGUACUCAGCCCAUGAGGUUUGUGACGCGCUUCAUCGAACUGGAUGGCCUCACGUGUCUGCUGAACUUCCUGAGGAGCAUGGACUACGAGACAUCAGAGAGCCGCAUCCACACUUCCGUCAUCGGCUGCAUCAAAGCACUGAUGAACAACUCUCAGGGCCGAGCGCACGUCCUGGCCCACCCACAGAGCAUCGACACCAUCUCCCAGAGCUUGCGCCAGGACAACGUCAAGACCAAGGUGGCCGUGCUGGAGAUCCUUGGUGCUCUCUGCCUGGUACCUGAUGGCCAUAAGAAAGUGCUGCAGGCUAUGGCGCACUAUCAGAAGUACGCCGCUGAGAGGACACGCUUCCAGACUCUUCUGCAUGAGUUGGACAGGAGCACAGGCCGCUACAGGGACGAGGUCAACCUGAAGACUGCCAUCAUGUCCUUCAUCAACGCUGUGCUAAAUGCGGGACCUGGAGAGGACAAUCUUGAGUUUCGUCUUCAUCUAAGGUACGAGUUCUUAAUGUUGGGGAUCCAGCCAGUCAUCGACAAGCUCAGAGGUCACGAGAACGCAACUCUCGACAGACAUUUGGACUUUUUCGAGAUGGUGCGGAAUGAAGAUGACAGCGAACUGGCCAAACGCUUCGACAUUACGCACGUGGAUACGAAGAGCGCUGGCCAGAUGUUUGAGCUAAUUAAGAAGAAGCUGAGCCACACAGAUGCCUAUCCUCAUCUUCUGUCUAUUCUCCAGCACUGCCUGCAGAUGCCAUAUAAACGUGGAGCGGGCAGUGUACAGCAGUGGCAGCUUCUAGACCGAAUCCUUCAACAGAUUGUUCUGCAGGACGACAAAGGGGAAGACCCAGAUGUUUCUCCUUUGGACAAUUUCAACGUCAGGAACAUAAUUAGAAUCUACGGAAAGCAGCGGUCAUCCAGGCUCGUCAAUGAGAAUGAGGUGAAACAGUGGCGAGACCAGGCUGAGAAAUUCAGGAAAGAGCAUGCAGAACUCAUGGCCCGACUUGAGAGGAAGGAGCGAGAGUGUGAGAUCAAAACACAAGAGAAAGAAGACAUGAUGAAGACUCUGAACAAGAUGAAAGACAAGCUGCAGAGAGAAGGAGUAGAGCUGCGCUCUGCCAGGGAGCAAGUUUUAGACUUGUCUUCUCGGAUUAAUGAUAUUUCUAAUGGAAGUAUGGCGUUCCCUCCACCUCCUCCUCCACCUGGAGGUCCUAUGCCUCCACCUCCUCCUCCAACAAUGGCUGGUUUUCCUCCACCUCCUCCUCCACUCCCCUUCUGCCCGGCUCCUCCUCCACCACCACCUCCUCCAGGGGGUCCGCCUCCUCCUCCCGGAGCUCCACCCAUCUUCUCCGGUGCUCCACUCCCACCGGCGCCUGCUUCCUUCAGCAGCAGCACGAGCCUGCGCAACAAGAGCAUCCCACAGCCAUCACACCCACUCAAGUCUUUCAACUGGGCCAAGCUGGGCGAGAACAAGAUCACUGGUACCAUUUGGCACGACAUCGAUGACCUGCGGGCUUUCAAAGUCCUUGACCUGAAAGAUAUUGAGAAGAUGUUUUCGGCGUAUCAGAGGCAGCAAGAGCUGCUCACUAACCAAUCCUUCAAGCAGAAGGAGACUGGCUCAAUGGAUGACUUGUACCUAAGCUCAAGGAAAGUGAAGGAGCUGUCCGUCAUCGAUGGGCGGCGGGCGCAGAACUGCGUUAUCUUACUCUCCAAGUUGAAAAUGAGCAAUGAGGAGAUCAAGAGAGCGAUUUUGGAAAUGGACGAGAGAGAGGAGCUGGCUAAGGAUAUGCUAGAGCAGCUGUUAAAGUUUGUUCCUGAAAAGAGUGAUAUUGACCUUCUGGAGGAACACAAGCAUGAGCUGGACCGCAUGGCACGUGCCGACCGCUUCCUCUACGACAUGAGCAGGAUUGAUCACUACCAGCAGAGGCUCCAGUCACUGUUCUUUAAAAAGAAGUUUGCAGAACGACUUGCAGAGACCAAGCCGAAGGUUGAGGCUAUUGUGUGUGCGUCCCGUGAGGUGAUGAGGAGUAAACGUCUGACUCAGAUUUUGGAGGUGGUCCUGGCCUUUGGGAACUUCCUGAAUAAAGGCCAAAGAGGGAAUGCCUAUGGCUUCAAAGUGUCCAGCCUGAACAAGAUUGUAGACACCAAGUCAAGCAUAGACAGGAACAUCACCAUGUUGCACUACCUGAUCAUGAUUUUUGAGAAGAACUAUCCUGACACUCUCAACGUCCAGCACGAACUGCUCAGCGUACCAGAGGCAGCAAAAGUCAAUCUGGCUGAACUGGAGAAGGACGUCUACAGUAUAAAGAGUGGACUAAAGGCUCUGGAAGCAGAGCUGCAGUAUCAGCAGAGCCGGCCUCGGGACAGAGGAGACAAGUUCAUCCCUGUGGUCAGUGACUUCAUCACGGUGGCUAGUUUCAGCUUCUCUGAGCUGGAAGAUCUGCUGAACGAGGCAAAGGAGAAGUUUUCCAAGUCUCUGAAGCACUUUGGAGAGGAGCAGAUGCGCAUGCAGCCAGACGAGUUCUUCGGGAUCUUCGACACCUUCCUGCAGUCGUUCAACGAGGCUCGGCAAGACCUGGAGAACAUGCAGCGUCGCAAAGAGGAGGAAGAGAAGCGAGCACGCAUGGAGGCCAUGCUGAAAGACCAGAGGGAGCGAGAGAGGAGGGCAAAGAAGAGUGCAGGAGGGGGCGUGUCCGAGGAAGUGGGCGAGUUCGAUGACCUGGUGUCAGCCCUUCGCUCAGGAGAAGUGUUUGAUAAGGACCUGUCGAAGCUCAAACGCAACCGCAAGCGCUCCGUCAACCAGCUCGUGGAAAGCAGUGGGCGCGAAAGACCCAUAACCAAGGUCAACUAUUGAUAUUGACUUCUGGGAGAAAAAAAACUUUCAUUCACUGACUUGUUGUAUAAUGUACGUGAAGGAAAAAAUCCUAACUGCCAUCUGCCUCCCUAUUCACCCAAACAUCCUAACCAGUGAUGGCUCGCAUCCUAAAGGCAGACAGAUUCAUAGAUUUUGGUGGACAGUUCUUGAGGUGUCGGAAAUUCUUACAGCACUGUGCUCAAUAAAUAGGCUUUCUCUAACCUUGUCCUUAUCCCACAUCCUACAUUGUCUUCCUCCACCCAUAGUCUGUGGUUUAUUUCUCCAAGCAAACUCAAACUGUCGCCUCAAACUGCCUAGCACCAUGGGAUUUCCCAUGUACCCGAGUGCACAAGCUUGGGUCCAGUUCUUAAUAUUCUCAAUACAGAGAAGACCAAGAUGGCAGGGCAGGACCCGGUACCAUAACCAAUAGAACUAGUUCUGUUUGGGGAAAAUUUGGACAAAAUAUCGGGGCAUUCAUGCAAGCACUUUUCGAAAAACUGUUGAAAGACACUGCCAUCCACGUUAGGUGCUGAUACCCAAUGUGCCUCUCUCUCCACCUACUAUAUUUCUCUGGUGCUUUGACUAAGAGGACCAUUGGUGUAUAUGGGAACUAAAAGAGAGAGAGAGAGAGAGGGAUGGACCCAUAUCUGCAGCUCUUAACCCAGCUAAGUGAUGGGUCCAGCUAAUUUUUUUUCCAAAAGUUAGACAACUUUGGAGACAAGUGGAGAAAAAUGAAGGAGGUGAACCCUUUAAAGUCGGGAUAGCCAGCUAGGAAAACAGGACACUGUGUUCUCAGUCGUGUUGGCCCUUUACCCAAGUGCCUCCCCAUACCGAUGGCAUUUCCAAGGAUGACACGGGAGACAAGUCGGAAAUGCCGAGAAAGCACAGCACUUCUAGGAAAAGACACCGUGAAGAACCGACAUGCUCUGAGAUAAGGACGAUGCUGUAGGCACGCCUCAUUGGCAAGUAAAAAGAGUUUCCAAGGAUUGUGGUGGCAUUACCUGGUGCCAAAGCAAAAAUCAGGAAAGUAACUAUGUAGUAGACAAUAAUAAAUGCAAGUAGAAUGGCAUUUAUAUAUUUAUUUAUACAGGGGGGAAAAAAAGCAAACAUGCUAAUUUCAAAACCUUUUUUAAUUCUUCAUAUUUUCUAGUUUGUACUUCUAAUACUUUAAUUUGAUAGGUAUUUCUUUCAUGUAUUUAAAAAGAAAAGAAAAAAAAAAGAAUCCAUGAUCCAAAUCUGUGAUGCUCCAUCACUAGUGAAGCUUGUUAACCUAAAUCACCAAAGUAGUGCACUUCUCAUAUUGUGACGACAAUUCAAAAGCUAAACAUGGUUUUGUUUGGUCAAAAUGGUUUAGAGUGCCACUGCAGAUACUCGUCUUCUUGGAAAGUCUUACUUUAACGAGCUCAGAUUCUACAUGCAGCCCACGUGUUGUUUCUCGUUUCAUCUAAUUUUUGCUUAUAUUGUUGUUGUUGGUUUUUUUUUCAUGUUAUGUAUAUUAAGUGUUGUUGUAAAGAUCGCGUGGGCAGUGUUGCAUUUCGGAUGAACAUGGCUCCCAAGAAUAAGAGGGGUAAAGGAUGGGGAAGUCUAACAUAAAAUGACUGAUAAAGGUUACGGUAAAGUCCUUGGUGACAAAAGUACGAUUUGAAGUGUGAAAAUCAGGAGGAUAUUCUGUUUAAAGUAUGGCUUUUAUCUUCGUGGUACUUCGGCUGGUGGGAUGGAGUAUGAAGAAAUUUGAUUAAGUAGUGCCUAGCUGGUCGAAAGAAGCCCAAAUUGAGAAGUUUAACUUUAUCCUAAAGUAGUUUGUGUUUGCACCUUGUGUGUAGGUAUGCGUUUCUUUUUCUCCAGUCUACCACAUGCAGCCAUAUGGGAGAACCAUAGUAAGAAGGUCAGAAGAUCAUUUGUGUCUUCUAAGAGAUUUGCCGUUAAACUUUGUCUGGUUUAGGUCUAUGCUGUUGAACAUGUGCAUGGCCAUGUGCUACUUUGUGCCAACAGGACAGUUAGAUACUUUAUCAUUAUGCCAAAAGGUGGACUUGGCAUCCUAACAGUGAGUUAUUCUUUCUCAGAGGGACAGGUUUCCUCCUUAACCCAAAUGCCAAGUGUUACUUUUGUCCACCAACCGUACUACGAGUCCAGUCUAACUGAUCUGAGCUAAUCAACACUGCCUUAUUUAACCAUUUAACGUCAGCCAAUUAGCUUACAUUAAUUAGCUCUUAUUUAGAUAGCUUCAAGGGCUGGAGCACAUCCAACUCUUGAUUUACCUAGUAUGUGCCAAUACUUCCCAACACUUCGGUUCGUGUGGUGAACAGUAACGUAUUACAGUAAUUCUGUUAAUGAACCUGUAUUUCUGAAGCUAGUACAAGGUCUGUUGCUCUUCCGAGCUAUUUGCUUUUCCCUCCUUUUCCUUCAACUCAAUGGCGAGAGGUCAUUUCUCCUUUAAAACAACACUAUAAAAACACAGUAUGCCAAAUGGAAACAGACACUUUGACACUUUGGAAUGGCUCUCGCAUUGGAAAAUACGUAUUUUUAAAAAAACGAUGUCGAUGAAGGCGAAGGAGAGUGUGCCAACUGAGAAUAGAUGUUCAUCAGUUAAAAAAGAAAAAUCAGCUUUCUUUUUCAGUCCAAUACCAUGUAGGUAUUCAAAACCAUCAGUAUUAUUAUUAUUAUUAUUAUUAUUAUUAUUAUUAUUUUGUUUUGUAUGUAUAUUUGGUCAUUGACUGGCCGAACACAACGGAAAAGAAUAAUAAAUGUAGCUUGUUGCUUGAUGCACUUUUUUUGAAAGACGGCCUUUUGCUACCCCCUCAAUAUUUACAUACUCAUUUAGCUCAUGGUUAUGUUAAAAGCGCGAGUCACAAUGCAGCUUAAGGAAGGACAAAGGGAAGGGUAAAAUAGGGUUGCGUAUGUUUUUAUAGGUAAUGAAAUUUGGCCUACUACUAUAAAAGGCUGGGUCCUACAUAUGAGUGGAACUCUCUAUUGAGGCAAACUGAUCUGACCCCCUGGUACGCGGUUCCAUUCACAACAGGACCGGCAGAGCCGUUUAGCCUCCCUGUUAAAUACAUUUGGUUUGGGUUUGAUAACAGUCCUAAGGUGAUGAAUAUAUAGGGAAUGUAGUUCGGUUUUUUUUUUUUUUUUCUUUCUUUCAAUUUAUCUUCACUCUAACAUAGAGCAUCAAUUUCCACUGCCUCAGUGUGCAUCACCUCAGUUUGUAUCCUUUUAUAUCUUUGCAUUGAUGCCUUUCACCUUUAUGCACUCGUUUAGGUAAAAAGUGGUGCACAAGUAUGAUCCUUUGCUAUAUAAGAUGUAUAUUAUGGGUAAGUAAUUACCGCAUGGUAAGAACACACCGGUUCCGCGCCCUUUGUAUCGUCCAGCUGCAGGUUGUAUAAAGUGCAGAGGAAGUAUUUUAAAAGGAUGGCUUCACCUGAAUGAUGUAUAGUUCUAAACAAAUUUUGUACGCCGCUAUAGUUGAAGAGGGGGGAAAAGCGAAAAAGGAAAAAUAUGUUGAGGAAUGUUCCUUUUUUUUUUUUUUUUUCCUGUAAAUUGAGUCUAUUUAUUUGCCUUAUUUAGUUUGCUAUAUUUUGUAUGUAUACACAACAUUACAGCAGAAAUGUUUCCUGAGAAGUAUAAAUAUGAGUAACUAUACUGUGGUCUUUGUAUGUCAGAUUCUCAAGUAAAAAUAGCUUUCAAAUUUUUUUCGGUUUAUUAUUAUUAUUUUUUUGCUCGCCAUGCAUCCUUUUGUAGGGUAAAAUAAACCUGUUUCCCUUA